AUGUCUACAAAUGAACCCAUUGGCAAGAAACCAGUGUUCUAUAUUCAAGAUCCUCCAAUCACUUCCGAACUUGAAGAUUUCUUCUGUCAAUAUGCGUAUAUUUCAGCUUCAGCAUUAACUGAACAUCUAAUUAAAGUGCGCGAACAUGCCUGGGAAAAAUUUAAAUACCCAUGCCUUAGAUUCUUCAGCGCUGUAAAAAACGACGGUGCAACAUUGACCGAUUUCGGAUGUUGUCUUGACCAAGAUAUUCGACACCUCGUAUGCGAUGGUGUAGCUCUUGGUCAACUUUGUGGUUACGACCUUGAUCCAUUCUUCAUUGAACUACGCUAUGAAUUAUUUCGUGAUGGUGAAAUAAUGCGACAGAAGAAAAUUUUAAGUGAAGGUGCUAUUUUUGAUGAUGAACUUUUGCGUCAAGUUGAACCAGCCGAUUAUCUCUAUGUCGGCUCAUUUAUACAUCUGUUCGAUGCCACGACUCAGCGAGAUGUGUGCCAACGUCUCACUCGUUUGGCAAAACAAGUGAUCUUUGGUCGGCAGGUGAGCGAUUCAUCAUAUUCUGAACGUCCUCGACAAUCUUGA